UUCAGCAACAUUCAGAUCAGAUCAGAAAGAUUCAGAUCAGAUCAGAAAGAUUCAGAUCAGAUCAGAUCAGAUCAGAAAGAUUCAGAUCAGAUCAGAUCAGAUCAGAAAAAUUCAGAUCAGAUCAGAUCAGAACUUAAAAAAUUCAGAUCAGAAACAUUCAGAUCAGGUGAACGGAACAGCUUCUUAGUGCGACAAUCGUACAUUCGUACCUAACAUAACAUACAAUUUUAAUUUUAAUUAAUUGAUAAAAGAAAAUUUUAACCCCCUUCGAAGUACGGAAUCCGUCAUCAUCUCAUCCCCGCCGUGGCCGUCGUGUACUGGAAUUGCCCUGAUUUUUAUUCUGAUCCAGCCUCCCGAUCUUCUCCGGUGGGCCGAGGUCAGAUAUUGACCCGGAAUCCGCAGGCGGCCACAUGGGUGACGAGUACCUGAAACUGUUCGUGGAGGAGACGACGUUUUACAACCGGGUUGUGCUGGGGACGCUCUUACCGAGAAAUGUGCUGACCGACGUGCCUCACUUCCUUCAGGGGUGGCUCCGCAACUUCAUCGGCGGAACCCUAGUUUAUCUCUUCUCCGGCUUACUUUGGUGCUUCUACAUUUACUACUUGAAGCGCCAUGUUUACUUCCCUAAAGAGAGGAUCCCAAGCAAGAAGGCAAUGAUGAUGCAAAUAGGAGUUGCAAUGAAGGGAAUGCCAUUGUACUCGUUGUUACCCACGAUAUCAGAGUACAUGAUCGAGCGGGGGUGGACGAAAUGCUUCCCCCGCAUCAGCGACGUCGGAUAUCUCCAUUACCUUCUCUACCUGAUCGUUUACUUUGUCAUCGUGGAAUUCGGGAUCUACUGGAUGCACAGAGAGUUGCACGACAUAAAACCUCUCUACAAAUAUCUGCACGCCACUCACCAUAUCUACAACAAGCAAGACACCCUCUCUCCCUUUGCCGGAUUGGCUUUCAACCCUCUUGACGGGAUAUUACAGGCGGCCCCGCACGUGGCUGCGCUCUUCCUCGUACAUACACACCUCCGAACGCAUAUAGCCUUGUUGUUUGUUGAGUGUGUUUGGACUACAAAUAUUCAUGACUGUAUAGAUGGCAAGGUGUGGCCUGUAAUGGGUGCUGCUUAUCAUUCCAUUCACCAUACCACCUAUCGUCAUAACUAUGGCCACUUCACCAUAUGGAUGGAUUGGAUGUUCGGAACUCUUCAGAAACCCAAAUCCACCGACAAGUUCAUCAAGAAGAAGAGCAUGUGAUUGAAACUCCCCAUGGCAUGGCUAAAUCCAUCUGUACUUGUCUUUUAAACCAUGUUUUCUAUAUAUGCAUGUAAAUCAAAGCUUUGCAUUUCAACCAACAAAAAAUUACGGAGCAAUGUGGAACAUUAACUUAUACUACCUCCGUCCCCCUAAGUUUGGGACAAGAGAAGAUGACACGGUUAUUAAUAAAAGUGGGUUUGUG